AUGCGGGUUAUAAAUAUUUUUCCUCUUUUGCAAAAUACUUAUUAUCAGUUCAUAGCAUCCUGUGGAUUAUUCUGUAGUUAUCGGCUGCGGUAUCCGGCCAUCCGUCCCAAACGGUCUGAUACUGCGCAAUCACUGCUAGUCCUCUAUGGAGUGAUCAUGUUGCUUCUUUUUAAUCUUUUUACAAUAUUUGGGACUGUCCUCAGUGUCAGUGGAGACGAUUAUGCAUCCAAGUUGCUGGAUCCAUCAUGGCAAGAGAUCAUAGCUCAGGGUGGUUUGCACAUUGGAGCCGGCCGAGCAAAGAGAUUCAUUGGCAUAAGUGACAACCAGGUGGACUCUCCUUACCAGAGCUGUGUUUUGCCCAAUGGCAAGCCCGGACACUGCCGCCACCUUCGCCACUGCAUCCAGGAUGAAUUCCGCACCGACUUCAUCAAGUUCAUGGAUUACGUUUGCAUCAUCGACCAACAGUCUGUAGGAGCGUGUUGCCCCGAUGAUCUGACUCGUGGUGGAGCUGAAGGAUUGGCGGGAGACCUGCCCGCAACCGCACCGAAAGAGGAACAGAACGAAGCUAUUAUCAAAGCCACCAGGGCUGAGACCAGAGGAUGUGGUCUAAGCACACGCCAACAGAGCAGAGUGCUAGGUGCUCGAGAGACCAACCCUCGCGAAUGGCCAUGGAUGGCGUCAGUGACUCCUGAGGGAUUCGAGCAGUACUGCGGAGGAGUGCUCAUUACAGACAGACAUGUUUUGACUGCUGCUCAUUGCACCAGGAGGUGGAAAGCCGAAGAACUGUUCGUUCGUUUAGGGGAGUACGAUAUGAAACGCACCAAUGACUCUCGUACUUACAACUUUAAAGUCUCGGAGAUACGUCAACACGAGGGCUUCCAGAUCGCCAACUACAAGAAUGACAUCGCAAUACUGAAGCUCGAGCGUCCAGCUGUAUUCAACACCUACGUCUGGCCAAUCUGUCUACCACCACCGAAUCUACAGCUUACUGAUGAACCAGUCACUGUUAUUGGUUGGGGAACUCAAUGGUACGGAGGACCCCACAGCAGCGUUCUGAUGGAAGUAACAGUUCCAGUGUGGGACCAUGACAAGUGCGUUGCAGCAUUUACGGACAGUAUCUUCAAUGAAACCCUAUGUGCCGGAGGCCUUGAGGGCGGGAAAGAUGCCUGCCAGGGUGACAGCGGCGGUCCCUUGAUGUACCAAAUGCCGAGCGGCCGCUGGACUACCGUCGGAGUGGUUUCCUGGGGUCUACGUUGCGGGGAGCCAGAACACCCUGGUCUUUACACCCAAGUAGACAAAUACCUUGGAUGGAUCGCACAAAAUGCUCGUUUCUAGAAAGUUUGUUGUACAUACUGAAUAAUUAAAUUCUCUUGGUUUUAAACCUGUG